CUCCAUCAUUAUCUUCAUUCCCAACGGUUUUGUUAUAGAUAUCCAUCAUGAUGGCUGGUAAGGCCAAGGCUAUGGGGAAGAAGGCCGGAAACCGUUUGAAACCAGUUCGCACAGAUCCAUUGGAAUCCGUGGGGUUUGUGUCCAAAGGCGAUCACAAUCUACUCCUUGAUCAUAAGCUACAACAGGAAUACUUUGACAAGAUCGUUGAGCGAUACCUAUCCUUCUGCGCCCACUAUGACAAAGACCUAGACGCCGCAAUGGCUUCCCUCCCCACCGGUCCCUCCUCCGACGCAACCAGGAACCCGCCCAUCUCAAGUCGUCCUGCCACCACCACAAAAGGACCAAAUGCUCCCAGUCCUGGUCCAUCAGCAGCUACUGAAUUGUCGAAUCUUUUGCUCGCCCUCCGCAAACUUCGAGAGGCGGUGAUAUCCUCCGACUCCCGCACGCCCGUGGACUUUUCGCAGAGGGUCUAUGUGUUCUCUGUCCGUGUCGCCAUCCUCGCUCAGCACCCGCCCUCAUACGUUCCUUCCCUCCACUAUCUAAUAGACACACUACACAGGUCGUCGUAUCCGCUGCCCGAGUCUGAAUUGAGGGAGUUUAUCACCUAUCUCAUUUUGGACUACGCCUGUCGUGAGGAUAACAUGAUCGCUGCGUUUGAGUUGCGGGCCCACGCACGGAGACGCUACGAGUUCCAGUCAAAAACCGUUGACCGUCUUCUAUCAGCUCUGUUACAAGAUAAUUGGUUCGUGUUCUGGAAGGUUCGGAACGGGGUAGAUUCUUAUAUGCGGAAUGUGAUCAAUUGGGCUGGGGAUCGGGUUAGGAGGCAGGCGCUGAAGGCUGUGGGGAGUGCGUAUAUCAACGUCGAGGCUAGUUGGGUUCUGGAAGGGUGUACGGGGGAGAAUGGUUGGACGUGGGAGAGGCUGGUUGAGACCGAGAAGAUUGGUUGGGAGAAGGAGGGGGAGAAGAUUAUCAUUAAGAGGCCGAAGCGGAAGCCUGAGAAGAAGCUCGACCCGAUCACGGAGAGUGCGAAGCCUUGAUUUUGUUGGGGUAUUGCAUACGAGGCGUUAGGGAUGGUGUUUAGGGAAGUCUAUUUGUAGCAUUCAUGAUUAUAGCGUCAAUUCAUUAUAUUCAUGUCAUCGUCAAGACCGCACAGCUAAGCAUAGAAUACAUUUCUCAAUUCGAGACAUCAC